GGGAGCUCGCGCCAGGAGCUGAGGGGAGGGGAGGAGUGCGCAGUGGCGCGCCGCCUGGCGGGGCGGAAAGUUUUCCUGACGGAGUUUUGGCGGCGGCCGAGCGGGCCAUGGACGCGCUGAAGUCCGCGGGGCGGGCACUGAUCCGGAGCCCCAGCCUGGCCACGCAGAGCUGGGGGGGCGGCGGCCGUCACCGCAAGCUGCCAGAGAACUGGACAGACACCCGGGAGACACUGCUCGAGGGCAUGCUCUUCACCCUCAAGUACCUGGGCAUGACACUGGUGGAGCGGCCCAAGGGCGAGGAGCUAUCAGCCGCUGCUGUCAAGAGGAUCGUGGCCACGGCCAAGGCCAGUGGGAAGAAACUACAGAAGGUGACUCUCAAGGUAUCGCCACGAGGAAUUAUCCUGACUGAUCACCUCACCAACCAGCUCAUUGAGAAUGUGUCCAUUUACAGGAUCUCCUACUGCACAGCAGACAAGAUGCAUGACAAAGUGUUUGCAUACAUCGCCCAGAGCCAGCACAGUGAGAAUCUCGAGUGCCAUGCCUUCUUCUGCACCAAGCGGAAAAUGGCGCAGGCUGUCACCCUCACUGUGGCCCAGGCCUUCAAAGUUGCCUUUGAGUUCUGGCAGGCAGCCAAGGAAGAGAAAGAAAAGAGGGAGAAAGCCAGCCAAGAGGGAAGUGACACGCUGGGGACCCACCAUGACAAAACACCUUCAUUGAAAAGCUUGGUCACCACUGGGAACCUGCUGGACUUGGAAGAGACCACCAAAGCCCCACUGUCCACAGUCAGUGCUAACACUAAUAAUGUGGAUGAAGCACUGCGGCCUCAAGCCUUGAGCAGCAGCAGUGUCAUCUGGGAGCUGGACGAUGGCCUGGAUGAAGCAUUUUCUAGGCUGGCACAGUCGAGGACGAACCCCCAGGUCCUGGACACAGGACUGUCACCACAGGACAUCCAUUAUGCCCAGUGCCUCUCUCCUGUCGACUGGAACAAGCCCGACACCAGUGGCACUGACCAGGAUGACCUCUUCGGCUUCUGAGGGCCUGGGGCCAGCAGGAUACAACCAGCCCUGACACAUGACCACCGAAAGCCACCUGUGGUGGGGGAACCAGCUCCAAGCCCUUUCAGCCACCCCUUCCAGCCCACAGCAACGUCAGCCUGCAGAUCAAAGCUGCAGCCAGUCAAGCAAGGGGAAGGAGAGAGAUUUUUUUUAACCUCCUCUUUCUCUGAACUGAAAGAAGCUUUGAAUAUUUAUUUAGUGACUCUUGGUCUGUGCUUGGAAGCCAGUUUUCCAUCACACACAUAAGGGGUGCAGUGCUGUGAUUGGCCUUGUGCUCUUUCUCUUCUUGAGCCAGCUCUGCUCUCUGUGUGUCAGGACAGUGACCAAAGCAUUUCUUGUCCCUCCUCCUUUCUAAGAACCCGGAUUUCCCCAAGGACAUCCCCACUCCUUAUGGAAAGCAGCCAGAACUCGUCAUCUUCUGAGCUCAGGAGGAGCCUGCCACCUCUGGCUAGGCCUGGGUCCUCAGGCUUGCCUUCCUCAGGGUCCAGCAGGCCUGGGAUCAAUCCCUGGCCUUGGAGCUCUCAGGAGGCAACCCUUCACCAAAGAUAACACAUAGCUUGGCACUUUAAAGCUUACAGCAGAUGUAGCCCCAGGGGCUCCUCCGUGGUGCUGAACUGAGUAGAGCUUUCUUUCUGCCCUUCCUUCUUGAAGGGGCCCCACCUGUGCUGCGGCCCAGUGUGACGGGCUGCCCAUGACUUCCAGAGUCUGAUUAACCCCCUCCCUCCUCAUACUUCCUGGGAUGAUGUAUGAAAACUAGCACCUAGGUUCAUGUAGGACUAUUUUGCAGCCAUUUCACAGAUGAAGAAACUGAGACCACACACAUGGAAAGGGUGGAGUCAAGUAGAACCCAGACCUGAUGCCAAAGCUGCUUUCUCUGCUGCCACCUCUCACAACUCACACCUCUUUUUUUCUAGCUUUGUUGUCCUCCCAGGAACCAAAAAUCCCCAGCUAUUUUCUGACCAAAAUGUGUUUCAUAACAAACCAUCUGGUGCCUUUCCACACAGAACUGGCACAAGACUCUGUGCCCUGCUGGCUUUCUCACUGUCGAUUUCCAUGAAGAUGCAAGUUUUUGAAGUCUGCUAAAUCCAAGGGUGAAACAAAAUCCAACUCCAUAAGCAUCACGCUGUUCUCUUUCCUGACACUGCAGCCCGGUCAGGACAUCCUAGCAGCAAGCUGUCUUUAGAAUCUCUCUUUUCUUCCUCCCCACUUGGCCCUUGGGCUCUGGCAUCCUGAAACCCAGCCAAGCCUGGAGCAUCUUUCCCAUCCCGAGGUGCCUCCCAGCAGCCUGGCUUGUCAGGGCAGGUUUCUGCAUCCCCAGGAAACACAGGCAUUUCUUAGAAGCUGCGUCUCUAACUGAGGCCCUGUAUCAGAAUAGGCCUGGAGGAGGGGCUCAUAGGACCUUCAUCAGAAGGAAGGUGACUUCCUUUCCCUAUCCAGCGUCCAUGCCCCUGCAUCCCCUCAGACUGGUUUCAGCCUCUGUGGUUGUUGGGGCAGCAGGGUUGAGGCAGCUCACAGGCUGCCCUUGGCACAAGGCACCCGUGGGCCUUCUGUGUUGUACUGGCCACACUGUGGCCAUCGUUGGUCCCUUGUUGACAGCUGUCUGUGCUUCCCGAGUGUCGACAGCCAAAGUCUUGUGCAUUGCUUUGUGACGCUGUAAAAGGAGGCUAAUGAGGGAAAAAAACAAAUAAUAAAUGUUCUCUUUUUGAAAUACAA